CCGUCACCGACUUGACUGUACGCGGUGUAUUCGUAGGUAGUGUACGAGGAGGAAAGAGGCCUGGAAGCCAAGAGAACACUUCCUCUCACUCGAGAUCCGAUCCAUGAUCUCCUUUAACCGGUACCUUUACCGUACAGAAGGGAACUGCCCACCUGGCAGUGCCCCACCUUUCAGAAGGCGGGGUCGGCGCUGCGGUUGAUGGAACUAAACAGACCCCGUUUUGUCAUCAUUCAGUUCCAAAAGACGCCGACUUCUCGCCAGGUAAAUUGGCUCGACCUUUUUUCAAACUUGGCUUUAACUUUGUGUUGAUUUUGGAUUCUACAUUUCAUCACAUUCAUACACAAUGGCAUCCACAGUAGGAAAGACCAUCACUUGCAAGGCUGCCAUCGCCUGGGGCGCCGGCCAGGAGCUCAGUUAUGAGGACGUUGAGGUGGCUCCGCCCAAGGCCCACGAGGUCAGAAUUCAGAUCAAGCACACCGGUGUCUGCCACACGGACGCCUACACCCUCUCGGGCAAGGAUCCCGAGGGCGCCUUCCCCGUCAUCCUCGGACACGAGGGUGCCGGUAUCGUCGAGUCCGUCGGCGAGGGCGUCACCAACGUGAAGCCCGGCGACCACGUCAUCGCUCUCUACACCCCCGAGUGCAAGGAGUGCAAGUUCUGCAAGUCCGGCAAGACCAACCUUUGCGGCAAGAUUCGCGCCACCCAGGGCAGGGGUGUGAUGCCCGACGGCACCUCCCGCUUCCGCGCCCGUGGUCAGGACAUCCUCCACUUCAUGGGCACCUCCACCUUCAGCCAGUACACCGUUGUCGCCGACAUUUCGGUCGUCGCUGUGAACCCGGAGGCCCCCAUGGACCGCACCUGCCUGCUCGGCUGCGGUAUCACCACCGGCUACGGCGCCGCCACCAUCACGGCCAACGUCGAGAAGGGCAGUACUGUUGCCAUCUUCGGCGCCGGCUGCGUCGGCCUCAGCGUCAUCCAGGGUGCUGUUGCCAACGGCGCCUCCAAGAUCAUCGCUGUCGAUGUCAACCCCAGCAAGGAGGAGUGGUCUCGCAAGUUCGGCGCCACUGACUUCGUCAACCCGAGCACCCUCCCCGAGGGCCAGUCUGUUGUCGACAAGUUGAUCGAGCUGACCGACGGUGGUUGCGACUACACCUUUGACUGCACAGGCAACGUUAAGGUCAUGCGUGCUGCUCUCGAGGCUUGCCACAAGGGUUGGGGUCAGAGCAUCAUCAUCGGUGUUGCUGCUGCCGGCCAGGAGAUUUCCACCAGGCCGUUCAUGCUGGUCACCGGCCGCGUCUGGAGGGGUUCCGCCUUCGGUGGCGUCAAGGGCCGCUCUCAGCUGCCCGGUCUUGUCGAAGACUAUCUCAACGGCAAGAUCAAGGUUGACGAGUUGAUCACGCACCGCAAGAAGCUGGCCGAGAUCAACAACGCCUUUGAGGUCAUGCAUCAGGGCGACUGUGUUCGUGCGGUCGUCGAUAUGUCGUAGGAAUAGUCAUUGAUUGCAAUGCGUUUAAAUUAAAGGCGUCAAUUUGUGUCUUUUCACUUCAUCGAUGCAAAAGCCAUCGGGGUCAGUAUGAUAAGUGCCAGACUGUGAUACUAUCCAAACUCUCUCAAUGCACACCGUAUUUCAAGGAGUCGGAAGAAAAGUAAGAGUUGCACGCCGCUGCCCUGGUUCCGCUAUGUGCGGGUUGGCUAGUAUUGGGCAAGUCUAAGAAAACGGCUACGCUUGUUUUGCUGUGGCGAACUAUUUAGUCGUUACGGUCUGUCAGGCCGAAGUGACGAGGCGAAGGAAGACAUAUCUCGCACAAUGAGUUGAUGGGGACCUUGGAGAUGGAAAAAGUGCGCGACAAGAGGUGAUUUUGCCGUGAACGUAUCUUGUUUUUCACGCAAUACCAUGCGGUG